GGAUAUGACAGAGCAUCGAUUCUGGCACUGAAUUCUCUCAGAAGUUCCAACCUGACAGAAAUGGGCCUGCAAGAAAUAAAGACUAUUGGAUAUUCCAGUCCAAGGAACAGGACUGACGUCACACGGCAGUGCACUGGAGAAAUGGAAUCUGUGUCAGACCUCCAGCUGGGACUCGAAGUGAUUGAGCAAAGUGCGCUGCAUAAAAACCUGGAAGCCCCCCCACAUGAUAGGACUGAUUCAAACAGCCAAUUAGAAACUGCUCAUUGUGGACGGGGCACAAUUUAUUCUUCCUGGGUAAAAAGUCCCGACAGGACAGGUGUAAAUUUCUCAAUGAAUUCUAAUUUGAGGGACUUGACCCCUUCACAUCAGUUGGAGGUAGGAGGUGGAUUCAGAAUAAGCGAGUCAAAGUGCCUGAUUCAAGACGAUGCUAGAGGCAUGUUCAUGGAAGCAUCUGUUUUUUGUACUUCAGAAGAUGGAAUUGCAUCUGGCUUUGGAAGGACUGUCAAUAACGACAACUUGAUGGAUGGAAAUUGCACACCCCAGAAUCCUCCACAAAAGAAAAAGGUAUCCUUACUAGAAUACCGUAAGAGACAACGAGAAGCUAGGAAGAGUGGCUCAAAGACAGAAAACUUCCCCCUGGUUACUGUGUCUCCUCAUGCUGCUGGUGGAGGAAAUAUAAGUAGUAACAAUGGUGCUAAUGAUGGGUAUAACAACAGUGGUGAGAACGGGGAGCAACCUGAUAACACUGCGAGCUUACCUUUACCACUGCCAACUGCUGUUUAUAAUGCAGCUCCAGAAGACAUUGGCAACAACUGUGCGACUAAGGAAUCUUCCAGUGAGAAGAGUGAACCAGAAGUUCAGUGGACUGCAUCAACCUCUGUGGAACAAGUGAGAGAACGAAGUUAUCAGAGAGCUUUACUCCUCAGUGAUCAUAGGAAAGACAAGGACAGUGAACCUGAUCCUGAAAACCCAGAGCCGCCUUCUGAGUGUCCGUCCCCAGAUACUUCCCAAAGGACUUGUAAGAGUCCGUCGAAAGCGAGCAAGCCCUCUUCACCGAGCCCUGUAGUUUCAGCGCAGUCGCUUGGGAAAACACCCACGAAGCCAGAUUCGCACUGGGAAACUGCAGCUAACGCACCCGAGGCCGAGGGUGCGAAUCAUCCCAAACCCGAGCUGCCACAAAAACAGCUGACGAACAGUGUCCAAGCACUUUCAAAAACUCACCCCUCUCAACCGCACCUGCGCGGUUCUGCUGAGCAACUUUCCCAUUCACAGAAGUUGCCUUCCGCACCUUUGAAGCUGCAUUGCCCCCCUUCGCCUCACGUGGAGAACCCUCCCAAGCCCUCGACCCCUCACGCGCCGGUGCAGCAUGGUUACCUUUCACCAAAGCCUCACUCGCAGCCGUUGGGAUCUCCGUACAGACCUCAUCACCCCCAGUCACCUCAAGUUGGAACGCCCCAGAGGGACACCCACCGCAACUUCUAUCCGGCAGCGCCGGCCCUUCAGCCUAGUAAUCAGCAGCAGGCUGGCGGGCCCCUGUUUCCUCAGACAACUUCAGGACAAUCUUCAGCUUC